AUGAAAAACUUGGAUAUUCUAUUAAAACAUUAUCGAUCGUUAAAUGAAUCAGGCAUCCCUGACACACCCGGUAUUAGACAAAAGAGCUGGAAGAGCUUCGUGCGUGAUUUGCUGGCGGAUCCAUACGAAGAAUAUGGCUCUUCAGGACAAGACGAUCAUGUAAAUACUCCAAAACCACUGAAUUCCGCACCCAAUUCAAAAUGGGCAGAAUAUUUUGCUGAUAAUAUAAUUCUUGAACAAAUCGACAAAGACGUACGACGAACUCUCCCGGAUAUUGCCUUUUUCCAAUCACCCGUGCCUCAAAGUCCGCUGAGUCCGUUGAGUCCUAGACUCGGUCCAUUAGCGCUGAGCAGAUUGAACGGUGCACGGUCACCUUCUAUAUUCGAUGCAUUGGAUUCGGUUAAUGAUGAUGUCAGUAGUGUGGUUAGCCGAGACAGCGACACGGUCGUUGGCAAUGGUACAUCGUCCUCGUUAACCUCGGAAACCACGGCGACAAGUGAAAUUCGUUCGGUGCCUUCUACACCUUGUCGACCAACGCCAAUUGACGUUGAUGCUGCUUUGGCCGUCCCGGUGAUGCCUAUUCCCACUCGCAGGUCUAUAUUCAAGCGGGUUCAGCAUCUAAAUAAAGAUUUCAGUACGCGAGACAAACGCCCUGGAUCGCCGGUACUUGGAAAUGGUGCAUGUGAUGAUGACGAUAUCGUUGAUCUGCAUUGGGAGGCUAUCGAGCGGAUACUGUUUAUCUAUGCCAAGUUGAAUCCUGGAAUCGGGUACGUUCAAGGAAUGAACGAAAUUCUAGGGCCUAUCUAUUAUACGAUGGCAAACGAUGAUGAUGAAGAAGGAAAAGCGCAUGCUGAAGCAGAUGCCUUUUUUGUGUUUACUCUCCUGAUGGCUGACAUUAGAGAUCAUUUUGUCAGAACUCUUGAUUCUGAUGAUCUUAAUGGCAUAGGUGCUACAAUGUCAAAACUCAGCAAGAGGCUGAAGCUACAUGCGCGUGAGCAAUGGGAAGAUAUG